UUUUAAAGCGUCUAUCAAAACAACACCGCACCGAAGUUGUAACGCGACAAAAGCGCAUUUCCCCAAUUCGCUCUCACUGGUAUUAAUAGACAAAGACAAUUUGUGCUCACCAUGACAGCGUAGCGUUAACGGAUGGCAGAUGCGGAGGGCGACUUGCUGGUCUUGCUGCUGGACCUGGUGCUCCUACGCCCGGACAAUCCAUCAGCAGCAUACUUGGAUGCGACGCCCGCUGAGAUCUUGUCUCAGCUUCUCGCUUUCACAAAUGCCUACACGAUGAUGAGCAGCCAUAACCUGCUGGCGGUAUUUGCUGGACAGCACGACAUGUGCCACCUGGUUCAUCUGGGUCUGGUUGAGGAGGCGGCCGUCAGCUCCUCCUCCGUCUUCCCGGCCGCCAGCCUGCACGCCAAGCUGGGGGAACUAGUGGAGCGCUGCGGCAGGGCUGAGGCGCAGGUCGGCGCCCAGGCCCAGCCCGCCGCCUCCACGCCCGCCCCCAGCUUCGCUCUCUCCGGCUCCCUCUCCCGCGCGCUCUGCCUCAUCCACCGCCUGCAACAGCAGCUCUUGGCGCAGCGCGGCGGCAGGGGGCAGCGCGGCCGCCCGCGCAUCCUGUGCCUGCUAGGCUGCCCGGACACCUCCAUGCAGUACAUUCCGGUCAUGAAUGCCAUCUUCUCCGCGCAGCGCGCCCAGGUGGUCAUCGACGCCGUGGUGCUUGCUGCGGAGGAUUCCAGCUUCAUGCAGCAGGCGGCGCACCUGACGGGGGGGCUUUAUUUCCGGCCGUCCAGUUCGCGGGGACUGCUGGGCUGUCUGAUGAACCACUUUGUGUGUGACACGGCGACGCGCGGGCAGCUGGAUGUGACGCAGGCGCUGGGGGUGGAUUUCCGGGCGUCGUGCUUUUGUCACAAGUAUGUGAUUGAGACGGGGUUCGUGUGUUCGGUGUGUCUGUCGAUCUUCUGUCAGCCGUCCAGGGAGUGCUCCACGUGUGGGACGCAGUUCGCG